AUGACGGGUCGGGGUCCAGGACGACAUAGAAAAGCUCUCGUUUUUCUCUCUCGACCAGACAAACAAAGAUUGUGUCUUUUCUACUUGAUCUUCUUCAAUCCGAGAGCUUUCAUUCAGUCUAUAAAUCAUCGAAUCCUUGAUAAACUUCUCCAAUGUCCAUUGAUUCUUGCUUUGGUUGUUGUUGAUCUUGUUGGUGGUUUGUUCAGUGAGGGAAAGCAUGGAUUUUUGGAGUGUUUGUUCCUUCUUGCGUGGGCCGUCGGUUUUGAGAGUUUUUUUGAGACGAGUUUCCGCCAGUCGGACACGCCGGCGCCGCAGCAGAAGGCGGCGGCGGCGGCGGCGGCAGUGCAGAAAAGGAAGGCUGAGGAUUGGUAUGAGGAUGAUGAUCGGUUUUGGACUGUGAUUUUAUCGGUUUUUAGGAUUGUUGUUUGUUUUCUGGCGAUGAUGGUGACGACGGCGCUGUGGGCGGUUGUGAUGGUGGUGCUGUUGCCUUGGCCUUAUGAGAGAGUGCGGCAGGGGAACUUGUAUGGGCAUGUCACUGGGAGGAUGCUGAUGUGGAUUUUAGGAAACCCCAUAACAAUCGAAGGUUCAGAAUACGCCAACACCCGUGGUAUUUACAUCUGCAAUCAUGCAUCACCUUUGGACAUUUUCCUUGUAAUGUGGCUCACUCCAACUGGUACCGUUGGCAUUGCGAAGAAAGAGAUCAUAUGGUAUCCCUUAUUUGGGCAGCUUUAUGUGUUAUCAAACCAUCUCCGCAUCGACCGAUCUAACCCCAUGGCUGCAAUUGAAUCAAUGAAAGAAGUGGCUCGUGCAAUAGUCAGGAAUAAAUUGUCACUAAUUAUAUUUCCAGAAGGCACUCGAUCGAAAACCGGGAGGCUGCUACCGUUCAAAAAGGGAUUUGUACAUAUAGCAUUACAAUCUAAAUUGCCUAUAGUUCCAAUGGUUUUAACUGGCACACAUCUUGCAUGGAAGAAGAACAGUUUGCGAGUCAGACCGGCACCACUCACAGUGAAAUACCUCCUGCCGAUAAAAACCGAUGAUUGGGAAGCAGACAAGAUCAAUGAGUAUGUAGAAAUGGUGCAUGACUUGUAUGUCAAUCACUUACCAGAGUCUCAAAAACCUCUCAAUUCUGACUGAGAAGAUUCAGACAAGAGUUCAAAAUCAUUCUGAGAAGAUGCUGGUCAUAUGUUUAUAUAUUUUGUUUGAUUAGUACAGAGCCAAUAUGUACUGAUAAACACCGAGAAGUUUUGUAAGUUAUAACAUGGUCUUUGGUUUAGUGCCAUUGUAUAUAGAGGUUAAAAACCAGCAUUCAAGGUUCUUGAAUGGUUGAA